AUGAACGAAACAGUAAAUUUCCCAGGGAAUCAGGCUGAUUAUACGGGCGUAUACGCUGUUACGAAGAAUCAGGGACUUUUGGCCUGCCAUAAUGGACUCAAUGAUUCUGCCUUUCCAGAAGCUGUCCAAGGAAACAUCACCUGCGCCGAAUAUCAUUUUCCAACGUUUGUCAAGCCCUUUGUCAAGUUUUUAUGGGUUAUUUUCUCCUUUCAAAUGCUGCUAACCGUCUUCUGGACGCGUUUCUUUUGGUUGUAUCCGAAAAUCCGGCGGAGUAUUUUCAAGUUCACGGAUGCAAACAGAGGUGGUUCAAAAUCUGCUAUCAGUGGUGCUCGAGAUUGGAUUCAGCGCAAUAUUUGUUGUUUUAUGCCCAGAAAACUUAUCGGUCUUCCAACCACAAUUUUAAAGCAAGCAACAGGCGUCCCGGAAGUAGACGGAAACGCUGAGAACAGCUACGCAUUUUAUCGCGAUUUCUGGGCGCAACCGAUCACCGAGCAGGACGUUCGAUUUGGCCACAAGAUCUUUCGUCUUCCCAAUCCCUUCAAGUGGAAAUGGCUGUUCAGGCUCGACAGCUCGCUUUCACCCAAAAGUCGCAUUAUCAUCAGCUACACCCUUAUUCUGACGUCAAUCCUUGGAUUACUUGCAGACUUCUUCAUUGACAUUAUGUUUUUGCAGGAUUUGUCGACGGAGACCCUCAUGGAUAUUAAAUAUAUUCAUAUCACACCUGGAGCAGUAAAGGCCAUGGCAUUAUACGAAAUCCCAGUGAUGUUUGCGACACCUUUGACUGCCUACGUCGUUUACAAGAUGGCUUGGUCGCACAACAUUCAGUCCAAUCUUAUUGGCGAAGUGCUCAUUAUUUCUCUCGGCUAUGUUCUCGAAGACGGCCCAGAAAUGUUCCUCCAGUACUUCUACGUCGACAAAUAUUCCGGGACAGAUUACUCAUAUCCAGACAAUUUUGCUACUUCUGGGCGAGCGACGGUUCUGAUGAGUUCCUUUAUUUCCCUGAUGAUCGCCUUGUUCAACAUCGUUAACCUACUCUCACUCUAUGGAGAAUUCCGACUGUAUCUUCGAUUCAGAAGCUUUAGAAAUACGCUCAAUCCUCGAAGCACCACUACACUUCUCAUUGUCCCGGAGACUGGAUCUACUGGACCCGACACACUUCGUCAGGCAGCUGAUCCAGAAAGGGUUGAAAAGCUCAUUCCCAUCGUUGCUGAACUCCGGCAAAUCGCUAAGGAAGAACAAAUGAAGGAAAAACUCGCUUAUGAUUUGUACCUUAUCGAACGCGAACUAGAAAAACUGGACAAAAAGUCGAGGCGGCCAACGAGAAUGACAUUCCGGGAGCGAUUACAGAUGCAGGAAAAGGAAUACGAAAAACAGCUGAAAGAACAGGGUCAAGCAGCGCGGAAAGAAAAUAAGCGAGAAAUAAGCAAAAUCAUCAACGAGGAGCACGAUCAAAUCAAGAGCCUAAUCGUCGCUGUAUUUGUUCUGAUCGGGGUGCUCCCGUUCAUUGCGAAUUUAAUGCGUUUGGCUUCGUCGGCCUAUCAAAUUUUCAAAUCUCGUAAAUACAUGGACAAGUGCUUGAAAUACAACUUGGUUCAAAACGCCACAGAUCCAUCAAAUUGGAUCGCCACCGUCACUCAACCGGACAUAUUCGACUUUGCUUGUUACAAAGUUACAGAUUACCCGCUCGUCUUUGGAAACUUCUUCGCUCUUGGUGCGCAUUUUAUUCUUUUGGUUACUAUUGGAAUAAUUUAUAUAAUCCCGCAGUCUCCUUUGAAGGAGUUUAUAUCCGAGGACUCAGACACAGAAAGCGAAGACUCUGGCGAUGAUCAGAAUAGAGAGUACGGGCAGAUGCGCCGCAAAGCUAUCAAAAGACGAAAGUCCACUAGAACUCCAGCUGGCAGAACUAAUCGAGCAAAAAGUGCCUUGGAUGGUGACUUGAGGAAGAAAUAUCAAAAACAAGUUUCUAGAUCAAAAUCAGUCAUGAGUUCGCCGCAAAGCUCCUUCAAAAAUUUCAACAAGCCGUUGCCAGAAGAGCCGCGAUCAGACGGCGUCAUCAUCAGAAACGAUAUUCUGGAAACGAGGGGAUCUUCAGUUUCAGAAACUCAAACUCAAAAUCCACCCGAAAAGUCGAUUAUAAAAUUGCAAAAUCGAAAUGUUUUCUUUCUUGGGCUUGCGUUUUUACUUCUUUAUACUGCAUUUCAAACCAUGAAUGGAAUCCUCCAGACGGUGCUGGAUAGCUACUACGCUCAGCAUCCUGAUCAUGGAGCGGAAGUCAAUGGUCUAGUCAGUUUGGGCAUUUUCUAUGGCGUCUGCGCUCUGUCUGUUUGGUUUGCGCCUUGGGUGAUUACGUUAAUGUCUCCAGUAGCGGGGACAGUUCUGAUAACGAAUUCUAAUCCAGAAACGAUCAGUAGAAAUACAGGCAUCUUCUUUCUCAUGUUCGAAAGCUCACUCUUCGUCGGAAACACGUUUAUUUAUUUCACAUUUGACGGAGCGGAGUACAUUUCCGACAGCACGCGGGUGGUGGUGUUCAGCUGCCUAACCGCUGUCUCGUUCCUCGGCUUGUUAACCUUGUUCCUGAUCCGACCGCUGCCAGAAGCACAAGUUGCGAAUUCCAGCAACGCGCUAGAAAGUCAAGACGAAAGUGACACCGCGCAAUUGGUCGAAAACGAUGCUCAAGUCCUGUUUCAAAUUGUCGUCUGGGCGUACAACGGCUUAGAGAUAACAUUUUGGAGUGGAAUUUUGCCCACAUGCAUUGGCAACACCAUGGCGCUACCGAAUAGAUACAGUGUUGUUGGAUUGUCGGGAAUCGUGGUUGGAGUUGGCGAAAUGAUUGGGGCCUUUUUGACGAUGAUAACAGGAAAAAGAUCAGAUCCGCCUCGUGGGCCUUUGAUCAUUUUCGGCAUGAUUUGCCAAGGAAUCGGCUUCUACUUGUGCCUACUGUAUUUGCCGGACGACAGUACGACCUCCCGCAUUGGAACGUUUUCGCCGACUUGGGCUGAACCCUCCACCGCGUCAAUCUUGGCGACCGCAUUUUUCCUCGGAUUAGGCGACUCAAUGUAUCAAAACCAAAUCGUCUCCUUGAUCGGAUUGAUUUUCCCAGAGGAGGAGAACGCUUCCGCUUCUUUUGCCCUCUUUCAGUUCAUUCAAUGUCUUGCCGCCGCGAUCGCUUUUUUCUACUCUGUCUAUGUGGGACUAAUGUACCAGCUGCUUAUUUUGGUCGUUUUCAUGCUCGUUGGAACGAGUUGUUUUCUAUACUUGGAAAUUAAAUACGCGAAAAAAUUCCCUGUCGGUGAAGAAUCCUGA